AAAGGUAGGUGUCUUUAUUUGGUUAUGUAAGUAUAAUGUCCCAACCAAUGUUGUGCAGAAUCCUUUGUAUUUAAGUCGUCUGUAAUGUUAGUAGUGUGUAGUGCAGUGUAAGGUCUUGAAAAGAUCAGACCUUACUCUUGCUGCAGAUUUAACUCCCUUUAACAAUGUGGCUUUAUCAUUUUUUGCUGGGUUUUGACCUGAAAGGGCUUUUCCUGUUUAUUUUCAUUUCUAUCCUAAUAGCAGACUUCCUAAAAUUCAGGAAUCCUCCAAAUUAUCCUCCAGGACCUCUGGCUCUUCCCCUUGUGGGAUAUUUCUUCAGUGUAGACAUGAAACAUCCACACAUUUAUUUUACUAAGCUGGCUGACAUCUAUGGGAAUGUGUUCAGUGUCCGCCUUGGCGGUGAGAAGAUGGUGUUUGUGUCUGGGUACAAGAUGGUGAAGAAAGCCAUUGUGACACAAGCUGAGAAUUUUGUGGAUCGACCAUACAGUGCAAUAAAUGACAGGGUAUACUCAGGAGGCUCAGGUGGUCUGUUCUUAAGCAAUGGUGAAACAUGGAAGAGACAGCGACGCUUUGCCUUGUCUACCUUACGUAGCUUUGGACUGGGCAAAGGUACUAUGGAGCAGAGUAUCUGUGAGGAGAUCUGGCAUCUGCAGGAGGAGAUAGAGAAGGAGAAAGGUGAACCUUUCAAUCCAGCAGGCUUCUUCAACAAUGCUGCGUCCAACAUCAUUUGCCAGCUGGUGUUCGGGAAACGGUUUGACUACAACGACCACAACUUCCAGACCAUGCUGAAGUAUAUGUCUGAAGCUGUUAGGCUGGAGGGCUCUGUAUGGGGUAGGCUGUAUGACUCAUUCCCUGGAGUGAUGAAGCACUUUCCGGGUCCUCACAACAAAAUAUUCAGCUACAUCUACGCCAUCCUAGACUUCAUCAGUCAGGAGAUAAAGAGUCAUAAGAAGGACCUGGACCACAGUGAUCCCAGGGACUACAUUGAUGCUUUCAUCAUUGAAAUGGAGAAUCACAAAGAGACUGAUCUGGGCUUCACUGAGACCAAUCUGGCCAUGUGCACUCUGGAUCUAUUCUUGGCUGGAUCAGAGACAACCUUCACUACUUUGCUGUGGGCUUUGGUUUUCCUCAUCAAAAACCCUGAUAUUCAGAGUAGGUGACAUAUAUAUUAUGAUAU